AUGGCCACCACCACGGGGAGCAAUACGGUGUCACCGUCCGCUGUGAGGGCGGCUUAUUGGCCUUCAUGGUCUGUAGAUAACUUCCCUCCAUCAGCCAUAGACACCAACUUGUUCAGUCACAUAUACUACGCAUUUCUAUCACCUAGCAACGUUACAUUCAAGUUCGAAUUAUCGAAUUCCGAGGCAAAGCUCCUCCACAACUUCACCACCACUCUCCACCACAAAAACCCACCGGUGCAGACGUUAGUCUCCUUCGGUGGCGGCGGUGGUGAUCCACUUCUUUAUGCCACCAUGGCUUCAAAGGCUGGAUCAAGAAAAAUUUUCAUAAAUUCAGCAAUUGAUGUUGCAAGGAGGUUUGGGUUUGAUGGGCUGGACCUUGAUUGGGAGUGGCCUCAAGGCCCAAAAGAAAUGAUCAAUUUGGGCCGCUUGUUUAAGGAAUGGAGGUUUGCGAUCCAAAAAGAAGCCCGGUCCACAUGCCGCACUCCUCUGCUUCUCACUGCAGCCGUGUACUUCUCCGUUGACUUCUUCGUAGAUAAAGUCUACCGUAGGUACCCAGUGGGCUCAAUUGAUAGAUAUUUGGACUGGGCCAGCCCAAUGUGUUUUGACUAUCAUGGGUCAUGGAACACAUCGCAGACGGGGGCCCAUGCUGCAUUAUUCGACCCAAAGAGUAACAUAAGUACAAGCUAUGGGCUUCAAUCAUGGAUCAGGGCCGGUGUUCGGCCCAGUAAGUUGGUUAUGGGCCUGCCUUUGUAUGGAAAGACUUGGGAGCUUAAAGACCCAAAUGUGAAUGGGAUUGGAGCACCAGCAGUUGGGCUGGGCCCAGGAGUGGAAGGUGUUUUACAUUUCUCAGAGUUGGUGGAUUAUAUUGGGGCCCAUAGUGCCAGUGCACUGUAUGAUCCGGUGACUGUGUCCGCAUAUGCUUAUGGUGGAACGACUUGGAUUGGAUUUGAUGAUGCCACGUCAACAAAGGUGAAGAUAGGCUUUGCUAGGGCCCAUGGGCUUCGUGGGUAUUUCUUUUGGGCUUUGUCUUUUGAUCUCGAUUGGGAAAUCUCAAAACAAGCUUCGAAGGCUUGGAUCGGUUACUAA